AUGGAUAGCGAUUAUGAAAACAUUGUUUCCGAAGGUAUUUAUAACUCAGGCGAUAUCCCAAAACUAUUGACAGACUACUCAAGCGCUGCUAUUUAUUUCAUUGAAAAAGAGGAAUUUGAAAAUGCCUUGAAUGCUAUAGAAAUAAAAUGGUGACGUUGACGAAAUAAGACUCCAAGGCGACACUUUCUGAUGAAGCGGUGGACAGGCGCGAUGGGUAGCGAAGUAAGCUCUUUGUGAGUUAAGCAGACCAUUUCUAUAUGGAGCCUGCCAAACAGGUGUUUAUUUCUCUGCCUAAGGUUUUCCUGCCCUGGGCUAGGCGGAUUUUGCCCACUACAUGAUCAAACCAUCCGGGUACCUCAAAGAUGAUGGCCCUGCCCUCGGAGCUAAUUCCUUGGACAGGUGGAUUAGGUUGGGAAUCCAAAAGGGUGGCAUUUAGGAGUCAAGAAGGUGACGACGACUGGCUUGUCAGCUUAUGGCCAGCAUAAUCGUUUAGUCUGAAUGCUCUCUCUCAAAGUGAAGAACUUUUAGAAGCGAUAACUACCCAAGGCGGCUUUGUAGAUCCAGAUUUUAUUUUACUGACAAUACACAACUCAGCGCUAUGUUUUCAAAAGUAACUGUUUAUUAGGCUCGGACUUCUUGAUGACUGCGCGUCAUAUCUAGAUGGCUGUCUUUACAAUAUAAAGUCGAAAUUCUUAGUGACCACUGACAAAAAUAAAUCAAAUACUCUUGCAAACAAGCUUAAAAAGGCAAAAUAUGAAUGUCGGGCCCAUAUACAGCUCUGUGCAGUUUUAUCGCAAUUAAAUAAGCAUGAAGCGGCUCUAAAUCAUGCAAAAUUGGCUGUUAAGAAAAGUCAUGCUAUAAUUAAUGACUGUUUGAAUGCAUGUAUAGAUCAUCUGCAAAGGCAUAGAAAAAUUAUCAGUUCGUCAAGGUUCAGGUCAAGAGUAUUAGAACAUCCACAAUAUAAACUAUUUGAAAGUCCCCAUUAUAAGAAUUUCCAUGACUCCGUCAUAAAGUCACUGCCGAUUUUGGAAUUUCUUGAUGAAAAAUUGAAGGAAAAAAACACAGGGAAAAAAAACAGCUCAAAACCUCCAAAAAUUGAGCUGAGAAAUGUGCUAGGGGUGCAUCAUCAUAAUGACUGAAUUUAUACGUAUAAUAUUGAAGAUGUGAUGAAUUUGCAUAAAAUUACGCUUUUUGACUUAAAAUCAAAUGAUAAGAGUAAAUGACUUUCAUUGUUUUAUAGAAAAAUUAGGAUUAUUAAUUAUUUAUUAAUGCAAUAAAUUUAAUUGAAAUAGAGUAUGGAAUCCAGUCUGAACUGACCAGAGAUUUAAUGUUUGAUAAAAUCUUUCUGCUUAUGGUCAGCCAUUUCUGCUUAGCCACAGAAAUAAGAUUUUUAGCUGGAGUCGAAAAAUCUCAAUUUAAAGGCAAAGAAGGUAAAAACUGGCACAAAAAAGCUAUUGAUCUAGCUAGACAUUUUAUUCCUCAUGAAUGCCCUUUAUAUAAUCACAUAAAAGCUUCAUUUGAAAAGAAUUAUAAAAAUGAUAUGGCAGCUACCAUAAUUAAAUAUGUCGUCUUUAUCUAGGUAUGGCCUCUCGGCCAUACAGCCUCAACACAUAUUUAAUUAUAUCCGGCAAGGUUUUUCUAGCCUUGAAAAGGGCAGCAAUGCUAUGGUAACCAAUUCUGCAGGUAGCAGAGCCUAGCCCAAGCCCAAUUCGAGACUAGUUUUUACCUCGAGGAAAAGGAGGGUCCAGAUUUGGAAAGGCAAGCCCAGCAGAGUCUACAGGGAAUACCUAGACCAAUCGGGCAACUGCCUAGCGUGAACUGGGCGCCACGUCCCAGGAUCUGGACUUAACCCUUUUGCCGAGGCUACCAGAAAUUCCAUUUUUUUGGAUUUCGGGAUGCCAACCUCGUAACCCACAGCCUCAGGAGGCCGCACAAACAAACCGUAGCCUGCCACUCAACACUGGAGCUUUUUACAAGAAGCAAGGAGGAGACCGGACAGAGGAAGGUCGCAAAGCGGGUGAAUCCCCCAGGGGAUCCUCGGUGAUUGCGUUAAAAUUAAGGGCACGAGCCCGUCUAUCUAAUAAGAUAAGAUCAGAUAUGGCAGCUACCAAAAAGUCCAUAAGAAGCAGCCGAAAAAUGGAUACAUCCUUUAGAAGUAAAAGAGCAAAAACUCCACAUAUAGCAGGCUUUGAUAGCAAUUCACAAAAACAAAGUAGACCCCGCUCAUCAUCAAAUAUGAGAAACUCAAAGCAAAGCACUGAAAAAAGAUUACAAAUUGGAAUUAUUCCUCAGGGCCCGUUACAACUUCCUCCAGAAGAAGAUUUGAAUAAUAUAUCAAACAUAAUCAUGACAGAGCCAACCCCAAAGCCUGAAAAAUACCAAAAAUUUGAUGAAUUUCAAGAUUUUAAGCAUAAGGAAAUUUCUUAUCCUGUUAAAUAUUCAGAAUUGUCAUCAAAGCUUACUAAAAUCACAAAUGAGAACUCCAUAAAGUCUGAGAGUGAAUCUAUUAAUCCUGAAGAAAUUAUUAUAUCUUCCUAUGAUUUAUAUGGAAUUUAUUCGGAUUCUGAUUAGAUCAGAAAUAAUGUAGCGAGCUCCUGGUAUUAUUUCAGCCUCUCCGUUCAAGGCUGGCUUCAAGUUCGGGUGCCCUAAACCACUGGCGUUACACCCUGCACUUUUUAUUGUCGACAUCAGUAGUCUCUCAGGGAGACUCGCUCGCCAUGCUGAGGUCUAGCCUGUGACAUUUGACUCCGUCAACCCCUGUUAGUGCUCAGAGUACGAGCGAAGCGUCUAAUGUAUCCUGCUGGACUACCUUACUCUUAGGUGCAUAAUUGAUUCCCAGAGGCAUAAGUUGGCUUUUCCUCUUGGGUUUGUCGUCUGUGAAUCGAGAAAAAUAGCCUACUUUAGGGUCCUAGCAAGCAAAACCCAGCCUGGGCUUCCUAAAAGCAUAGGAUCCGCUUAUCUGGAGCUGAGAUCAACUCACCAAUCACCCUGGACCUUACACACCUCACCAUCUUUUAAAAUUUUCGGAUUCUGAAGACUCUCAAAAAGAUUCGACAGGUGGAAAGAAUAAUGAAACUUCUGACGAAAUCGAAAGAAAUAAUAGUGGAACAGGCGGAGGUCAUUAA